CGGCCAGUCCAGUCUAACAUCUACCAUGUCGGGCAAGUUCUACACCAACAAGCACAACCUCCGCGCCAAGCGCGUCUUCGUCACUGCCCAGUACGCUGGUGUCAAGCUCGAGGUCGUCGCCUUCAACGCUGAGGAGAAGAACGCCGAGUUCGUUGCCAAGUUCCCCCUCGGCAAGGUCCCCGCCUUCGAGGCUGCCGACGGCACCCACCUCUUUGAUGCCGACGCCAUCGCCCGCUUUGUCGCUGGCGAGAACCGCACCCUGACUGGCGAGACCACCGUUGCCGCCGCUCAGGUCCAGCAGUUCAUUGGCUUUGCCAACAACGACCUGUUCCCCGCUGUCUGCACCUGGGUCUUCCCCAUCUAUGGCGCCAUCCCCUACAACAAGACCGCCGUCGAUGCUGCCAAGGCUGACCUCACCCACUCGCUCGGUGCCCUCAACACCAUCCUCCGCACCCGCACCUACCUUGUUGGCGAGCGCGUCUCCCUUGCCGACAUCACCGUCGCCUCCGUCCUCAUCCCGCUGUUCGAGCACGCUGCCGACGCUGCCGUCCGUGCCCAGUUCCCCAACCUCACCCGCUGGCUGACCACCCUCAUCAACCAGAAGCAGUUCCUCGCCGUCUUUGGCAAGGUCCAGUUCACCGCCACCGAGAAGCAGGCCGGCGCCGCCGCUGCCGCCGUUGCCGACAAGCCCAAGGAGGAGAAGAAGAAGGAGGCUGCCCCCGCCGCUGAGAAGCCCAAGGAGGAGAAGAAGAAGCCCGCCAAGAAGGACGACGAUGAGGAGGACGAGCCCAUCGACGAGGAGGAGAAGGAGAGCAACAAGCCCGAGUUCCAGUUCACCCUGCUCCCCAAGUCCAGCUUUGACCUCGACGGCUUCAAGCGCAGCUACUCUAACGAGGACACUGCCACCAAGGCCAUCCCCCACUUCUGGGAGCACCUCGACCGUGAGGGCUACUCCAUCUGGCGCUGCGACUACAAGUACCCCGAGGAGCUCAAGAAGUGCUUCAUGACCGCCAACCUCAUCUCUGGCUUCUUCCAGCGUAUCGAGAAGCUCCGCAAGUUCGCCUUCGGCUCGAUGUGCAUCUUCGGCACUGACGACAACAACCAAAUCUCUGGUGUCUGGGUCACCCGUGGCCAGGACCAGAUCUUCUCCCGCGCCGACGACUGGAACGUUGAUGCUCCCUCAUACAACUGGAAGAAGCUCGACGUUAACAACGCCGCCGACAAGAAGAUGGUCGACGAGUACCUUCUCUGGGAGGGUGACGAAUUCAAGGAGCGCAGCUUCAACCAGGGCAAGAUCUUCAAAUAAAUGAAGCGGCUCUUGUUGUGUUUGUUGCUGCCCAGGAGUCGCUGUCCAGUCUUUGGUUGAUUCUCGUUGGUUGGAUGGUUGCUUUUUGAGCUACUUUGAACGCGCCAAAAAUAUAUCUGUUAAUUAGUCA